CGUGAUGCCGAUUACGAUUAGCGAAUAGCGGAAAGCUUUCGGCGCGAUUCAUUGGUGUUUUGUUUGGGUGUUUGGUAUUCGUAUUGGUGUUGUUAUGUUCGCUAGAUUAUUUCGGUCGUUACGUGUUAAGAGUUUUUAAAAAUUUAAAUUAAAUGUUUCCACUCAAUUUUUUACCUGUUUUAAUAUAUAAUUUGUCUUUAUAAAGCUAUGCCAUACGUCCAACCGCUUAGUAUUUCAUCAAGUUGAUCUUUUUUGGUGGUUUUAAUGUUCUUGAGUGAUGUGACUGUGAUGUUCCUGAUCCUGAAUUCUUCGUGUGUGGAGUACGUUUUCAGUGUGUUUAUUAGCUAAAUAAUAGCUGAAGAAUGUCUCAUUCAAGGCAAAACUAGAGAAGUACUUCCAAUUGUCAACGUCCACCUAAAAUCAUUAACAUGUCAUACUUAACGGUGGCAUUGUUGUUGUUUUGCUUGAUCAAACUGCUGGAUGGCGUACCUCAGGCACAAUUUACCAAAGACCGGGAAGCGUUUUUCAAUAAAACUUCCUAUCUGCGAUUAAAUCCUAUAAGUUUAAGCAAUAAUCAAAUAGGAUUCAAUUUCCGAUCGUGUUAUGGUGGUCCGCUAUUCGUUCAAAGUUCCUCAUCAUUCAUCAAGAAUAAGAUCUCAUUAGAAGUGACGCCAGAAUCUCUAUUGCUCUCUGUUCAAUACUCAAGUAGAUCUUACGAAUCAAAAAUUACUGGAAAAUUUUUAGAUAAUAAGUGGCAUUCGUUCAAUUUGUCCCUGAAAUCCAACGAAAUUAUUUUAUCAACGAAUGAAGAACAACAAAUAUUGGCUAAUUAUACUUAUAACGCGGAGUUACUUACCCAUGAUACAAACAUUUUUGACAGAAGUUCUAAAUUGACAGUUGGAGAAGGUUUUUUGGGAUGUAUACAAGAGACACCUGGUGUACCGUUGAAUUUAACGUCAAACGAUGCGUAUAACGUGAUAGAGGGUUGUCCACUUCCUUCAGGUUCUUGCCCAGAUUAUUGUGCCGAUCAAUCGUGUUCUGAAAAUGAAAUAUGCAUUUCGCAUGCGGAUGGUCAUGAAUGCGUUUGUAAUGAUCAAAUUCCCGGAAAUGAUUGCGAUGUAGAAAGUGGUACUGGAUGUUUGUGCUCUGAUGAUGUCGGAAGAUGUGAAGAAGAUAAAAUAGGAAAAGGUCGCUGCGUAUGCAAGCCAGGAUUUGUAGGUUCAUAUCCAAAUUGUACUGAAGUACCAAUUUGCGCAAGUUCUCCAUGUAAGAAUGGUGGCAUCUGUAAUCCUUCGAGUUCUGCGGCUGAUUCAUAUUUCAACUGCACAUGUCCACCAGGUUUUACAGAAAUUUUGAUUUCUAAAAACGCGAAAUUUUGCUUCUGCUUGUCAUUUCACAAAGGCGUUGCUCAUUAUUCGUACGGCAAUUCUGUGAUAUCUUGCAUGUAUAAUGCUUGCUGUCGCAAUAUCGAGCUUCAAAAAUUAUUUCAAAGCGUCACCACCGAAUUCGAUGGCUUUAUGGUGUCGGUGUUGUCGAGCGUUUUUCGUGAAUGCCAAGCCAAACACAAGCACGUUAAUGAUAACGAUAAUAGGGUACAGAAUCGUAUCUCUUCGCAUCUUUGCGUUAAUAAAGACGCUUGUUUUUUGAGUCUGUCUUCAUUUUUAUCGAGCUGCUCGUACGAUGGAAGCGGAAAAUUAUGCCAAAAUCCGAUCAGCGAGUGUCAGCCGCCUUGCCAGCAUAAUGGAACUUGCAUCAGUACCCCUGAGGGUUAUAAGUGUAACUGUCCCCCGGAAUAUACAGGUGGAUUUUGUGAAGAAGAUGUUGACGAAUGCAAACGCAAACCAAGCGCUUGUGUACAUGGACAUUGUUUGAAUUCCGAUGGUUCAUAUCAGUGUUUUUGUACGCCAGGAUAUACCGGUGACCAUUGCGAAUUAGAUAUCGACGAGUGUUUAUCGCAUCCUUGCUUCAAUGGCGCUACGUGCAUCAAUGCUGUGAAUCGAUUUAAUUGUAUUUGUACACCAGGAUAUACAGGAAGAGAAUGUAGAAUUAAUAUCAACGAAUGUGAUCCAAAUCCAUGUUUAUCGGGUGGUACUUGCAUCGAUGGUAACAAUUCAUUCACCUGUGAGUGUCCCAUUGGAUUAACUGGAUCACGAUGUGAAAUCAACAUAAAUGAUUGCGAGUCAUCACCUUGUCAAAAUGGGGGAAAUUGUACCGACGGCAUCAACAGUUACUCGUGCAAUUGCACAAAUACUGGAUUUGUUGGAGAGCAUUGCGAAAUUAACAUCAACGAUUGUGCUGAAGAUCCAUGCAAGAAUAAUGCCACUUGUAAAGAUCUAAUCAACGAUUAUCUUUGUGAAUGUUACCCCGGAUAUGGCGGUAAAAAUUGCGAAGACGAUAUCAACGAGUGUGAAAGUCUACCUUGCCAGCAUGGUGGAACUUGUCUUGAAAAAUCCAAUCAGACGUUGUAUAAUAAACUAGAAACCCAAUUCCCGUUACCAUCCGUAUUCACUCAUCCGUUUAAUUACGCUAACGCCAAUGGUUACGAAUGCGUUUGUAUGCCUGGUGCAAUGGGCGUUAAUUGCGAAAUAAAUAUCAACGAAUGUGACAGCAAUCCUUGUAAAAAUGGUAAAUGUAACGAUCUUCUGGGAUCUUUCACCUGCGAAUGUGAUGAUGGAUUCGAAGGUAUACAUUGCGAAAAUGAUAUCGACGAAUGCGAACGAUACAAACCAUGCGUUCAUGGCACCUGUAUGGACCGAAAAGCAGGAUGGUUUUGCGAUUGCUCCCAAACGCAAAAAUUCGGUGGCAAAAAUUGUUCGGUUGAAUUGAUUGGUUGUAAUCAUACACAAACAUGCUCGAAUAAUGGAACCUGUAAACCAUAUCUUGUCGGAGAAACUCAACAUAAAUUCAAUUGUACUUGCCCUAGUGGUUUUCAUGGACCUAUUUGCGAAAAGAUAACGACCAUGUCACUAAACGGAGAAUCUCAUAUUGUUGUAAACACGACCAGAGACGAAGGAUACGAUAUCUCGUUUCGGUUUAAAACUACUCUUCCUAGUGGUUUGCUAGCAUUAGGCAAAGGACACACGUUCUACAUAUUAGAAUUAGUUAACGGACGACUGAAUUUACAUUCUAGUUUAUUAAAUAAGUGGGAAGGUGUUUUCAUCGGAUCUGAACUAAACAAUAGUAAUUGGCAAAAAGUAUUCGUUGCUAUAAACUCUUCGCACGUGGUACUUGCUGCGAACGAAGAACAAACCAUAUACCCGAUCAAUUUUAACGAAGCCGGAACCGCCAACCAAACUAGUUUUCCUACUACUUACGUCGGUGGUACGGUGUUUUCUUUGAGACAUUUGACGCAUGGACCUUCCGUAUUCAUCGGAUGCACAGAGAACAUCGUAAUUAAUGGACAAUGGGUAAUUCCCGAAGAAAUAGGCAGCGCGCCGAUCGAAAUGCAAGGCGUUGAAGUCGGUUGUCAGAGAAGAGACCAGUGCCAUCCUAAUCCUUGCCAUAGUGGCGGUAUGUGUACCGAUUUGUGGAAAAAUUUCAGCUGUUCUUGCCCCAGGCCAUAUUUAGGAGAAACCUGCCAAUACAAUUUAACCGCCGCCACUUUCGGCCAUGAAAAUAUCACCAAUAGCUUGGUCACCGUUAAUGUGUAUAAUCAAGCGAAAAAAACCGUCCGGAAUAUCGUCGAUAUAUCGAUGUUUAUCAGAACGAGACAAUCCAAAGGAGCUAUAUUUUACCUUGGGUCUUUGCCCGGUUCGGUGGUGUUCCCCGAAGAAACGUUCAUUUCUGCCGAACUCGACGCCGGUGAAUUAUUGGUCAGAAUUCAAUUCAACGGAACUCCCGAAGCGUAUACUGUGGGUGGAGUGAAACUUAAUGACGGACGCGAUCAUUUAAUUCAGGUUAUUCGUAACUAUACCUUGGUUCAAGUGAAAAUUAACGGUACUGAAUAUUUCCGCAAAACUAUCAGCGCUAGCGGACCAUUAGACGCUCCUGUACUCUAUUUAGGAGGAUUCCCAGUUCAAUCGAAUGAAAAUGAAACUCUGAAUGUUGAUACGUCUACUAUAGAUUUCCAUAGAGCAGGAAGAGACGCGCUUGUAACGAAACCCGAUACUGUACCGAAUGAUCCGCAUAUAUCCAGGCAUAUUAGGCAAACGAUCGAUAAAUUCGAAAGUAUACCUAAUUUCAAAGGUGUUAUUCAAGAUGUACAGAUAAAUAACGGUUCAUUGAAAAUGAUAGUGGAAUUCUUCCCUCUGAAAAUCAAAGAUUUGCAAAGUUCGAAAUAUUUCGGUGUAUCGUUCGAUCCUACUACAGUUUUAGAAGGAGUACUAUCUGAUGACACGUGCCGAUCUAAUCCUUGUCUUAAUCAAGCCGCUUGUGUAGUUACCUGGAAUGAUUAUACCUGUACUUGUCCACAUGGCUACAAAGGUAAACAAUGCCAAGAAAUGGAAUUCUGUCAAGUCAAAGAUUGUCCCACCGGAAGCGAAUGUCGUAAUUUAGAUCACGGAUACGAAUGCGUCUCUAAUAUCACUAUGAAUGGCGUAGUCAGUAAUACAUCGCUGCAAUAUGCAUUUAUUCAUAAUACGGACGUGGCAGUCGCUUUGAAUUCGAUCGAAAUAAUGUAUCGAAGUAAAACCGGCGGAACUUUAUUGUAUCUGUGUAACAACGAAGAAACCGUUUCUCAAAAACACUUUUAUUUUUCCAUUUUCGUGCAUAAUGACGUGGUCACUGUUACUUGGAAAUUAGACGCAAAUUCAGUGGAACAGUUUCAAAGAAUCAAAAAGGAACAUCCGGACGGUGAAUGGACUAAUAUUGUGAUCAAAAUAACCGAUAAUAAAAUUCACGGCAGCUUUUCAGGCGUUGUCGAUGAACCUGGACAGUACUUUUCGUCUUCUAAUUUCUCGUCCGUUGCGUGGAAUAAUUUGAUUACCACUGGAACGAUAUUUAUAGGUGGUGGCGAUAGUUUCCUCCAAGAAACGUUACUGUCGCCGAAACACAGUUAUAUUUUCGAAGGUGAAUCUGGUAACGCUGUUGAUUUACCGAUUUCUGAAAUCAUUCCUACUGCUGGAGAAACAUCGGUGCUGCAGUCGUUGAGUUCUCAUACCCCUAGUGGUAUAUUUUAUCGGGGUUGUAUCGGAGAAGUUCGUAUUGGAGGAUUAUUGUUACCAUAUUUCACUUCGAAACAAUUGAAAGUACAAAAUGAUACGACUUUAUAUAAACGAGAUUAUUUCGAAUUGAAUGACGCUUUUUCGAGGAAUAACGUCGCCUUGAACUGUUCGUUGUGUUUCCCUGCUGAUUGCCAGAAUGGCGGAAAAUGUUCGAACGCAGCGGAAAGUUACAGUUGUCAAUGUAGCCCCGGAUUCGAUGGCGAAGAUUGCUCCCACGAUGUGGACGAAUGUUUGGGAAAUAGAUGUCUACACGGUGCCACGUGUAUCGAUGGUACUGCCAACUAUACUUGUCAAUGUACCACAGGCUGGAGUGGAUGGCUAUGCGAUUACGAUAUAGACGAAUGUAUGUCACAACCCUGCCAGAAUAAUGGUACCUGUCUUGACCUUCUUGGUCAUUUUAAAUGCAAUUGUACUGAAGACUUUGUUGGCAAACAAUGCGAGCAAAUAAAACAAGUAACUUGCGAAAACCAACCUUGUAAAAAUGACGCUCGAUGUUCCGAUACACCGAAUCGCGUUACCGGAGAUAAUUUCACGUGUAGUUGUUUAGACGGGUUCAUUGGGACGCACUGCGAUGAGACAUUCUGCUCGGUUACGCCUUGUAGGAAUAAAGGACUGUGUAUUAUUAAAAAUAAGGCUCCAAUGUGCGAAUGUACUAAAGGAUUUACUGGUAAAUAUUGCGAAGAAAAUAUUGACGAUUGCCGAAUUCCACCGAAUGGUAAACCACCUUGUUUACACGGUGGACGUUGUAUCGACCGGAUAGAUAGUUACGAUUGUAACUGUACCGGAACAGGUUAUAAAGGUAGAACAUGUGAAAUUGAUAUCAACGAAUGUGAAGAAGCAACUUACCCCAUUUGUGGAGAUAAAGGUAUUUGCAGAAAUGAAGAAGGUACUUACAAAUGCGAUUGCCAGGAAAGUGUCUGUGGAUAUCAUUGCGAUUUGUAUGAUCCCUGUUUGGAAAUGCCGUGUCAAAAUGGAGGAACGUGUCACGAAGAGUGUACCGAGGAGCCUGACUACAAAUGCAUUUGCCCUCCUGAUUUUGUGGGAAAAAAUUGCACCGAAGUACCGCUAUAUUCUCCAGCCAGAUUUUCCGAUAUCGCCCUGAUCGGUGGAUCCAUUGUUCUAUUAGUAAUAAUAGCUCUAGUAGGUAGCCUAGUGAUGUUCUUCAUGAUGGCACGAAGCAAAAGAGCUACUCGUGGUACCUAUAGUCCUAGUUCUCAAGAAUACAGUAAUCCACGUGUAGAAUUGGAUAACGUAAUGAAACCCCCACCAGAGGAAAGGCUCAUUUAGAAUUAACUUAUACUUUUUUACGGAUCAUUCCGUCCAGUGUAAUGUAAAGUACUCGAAAUUCGAAGCGAAUUCUCAUCGUAUUGGUAUUGGUGUAUUUUCCGUCCAAACGAGUUUUCUAAUAUUGACUGCUGUGAUCCAGUGAUUUUAAUAUUUUGCUCAUUAUAUCGAAAUUGUGUGUAACAUUCGGGGUAAUGUUGUGUAGUAAUUUUUUUUUAAGCUAAGGUUAAACCAAAGUGUUCUCAGAUUGUAAUUCGCUUCAUUUUGAGUUCAUUUUUUUACCAGUUUUACUUACAUUUUACUUGUGAAGAAUUUUACUCUUUAUUUGACCGUUAAGCGAGUAGAUCUGUAUUUAUCUUUCUUUUUUUCAUCCUUGUUUCUGUUUUUUUUCUCUUUCUCAAUUAUUACGUACUUAUUUAAUCCACGUAGACUGGAUACGUAAUAUUUUGUCUAUUAAUUGAACUGUUUUAAAUUUUUUUCUUUUCUUUUGCGUUUAUUAGUAUUAUUGAUACAUAUUAUGGUAAUAAUAUCAUCGUUAUAUUUUAAUCAAUUUUUAAUUAUUUCAAUUUCAAUUUUCGUUGAUUUUAGUGCCUUUUUAAAUGUGAUAUUUUUGUAUUAUUGAGUUAUUCUUUCAAUUUGUAGUAUUUUAAUUGACUUAAUUUUUGUUAUUUUUGUUGUAUCUAUACAAUGUCUUAAUGAUAAUCAUGAUAUAGUUUUUUUUCUUCUCGUGUGCACGUAUGUUGCAUGUUUUUUCAUGUUUCACUCAGUGAAAUUAUUUACAUUCUAAUCAAUAUUCCUUGUUUAUUUUUAACUUUGUUAAAAAUUUACCGAUCAAAUUAUUUGAAUUUAACAUUUGAUCGCUGCCAAUUGAACAAUUUAUUUAAGAUUCUGCGAAUGUAAUCAAAAUUUUACUAAAUUUUGUCGAUAUUUGUUGUCACUGCGUGUACUUAAAUGUAUUUAUUUUAUUUUAUUUUAUCGUUUCAAUUAUUUUUAUUUCGAUAUCGAAAUCAGCGGAUAAAAUAGUCCAUUUAUAAAUAUCCGCAAGCGAUUUCGAUGUGUUACUACUCUAUUUGUGUAAUUUCUCGUAUGUAUUUUGUUUCUCUAUUUAAAAAAUCAUCAUUGCCGAGUAUAACAGGGUAUAAUGCUCAUAAGCAUUGCAUUUAUUAUUUAUACUUGCAAUUUUAUUGUGUCUAGUUUGUAAUCGAAAUAUUAAAAAUAUCUUUUUUCUACA